CAAUUUUGGUAUUUAAAACUGAAAUAUAUACUUUCAUUUUCCAUACAUGCCCUUGAAAUGAAAAUGCUGACUUGGGAUCGCAACAUACUUAUGGCUCACUAUUCCAAGUGCAUCACUAAAAAGUUUGCUCAUUUGCGUGAGCCAAAACGUGGAAAGUAUGAAAAGCCACUUCAGAGCACAAAGUCUGCUUUUGUAGUUACCAGAACAUACAUUCCAUCAUUAUAUGUGUUUGGAGAGCUGACUGUAGAAGCAAAGCGUAUAUGUGACUUCAAUGUCAAGGAAAUUGAGGAAAACAUUGAAGAGUAUCUGCAAGUUGUUCAGUACAAUGGGUCAGAUGAAAACAUGAAUAAAAGUCUGACUGAUUUUCUGACCUCGAACAUCAAACUACUGGCCUUGCGUCGCGAAUACUUUAACAUCAUUACAAAUGGAAACCUGAUUCAAGAUGAAGCAUCUCGAAUUGCUUUCUUUCAAAAAUUUAAAAUGAGAAUCAUUGUUCCAGCUGUGAAAAUGUAUCACAAAACUGGAUCUAAAGGAAAUGCAAGUACUGCGUCUUUGAUUCAAGACGAAAUUGUUUGCGGAAAUUCAAUUCUGGAAUUGAAUCAAACAGCUCGUAAUGCGUUUGAUAAAUGUCAACUACAAGUUCUUCAAAACGAAAUUAUUCGAGAUUUUACUCAAAAACUAACUAGAGAAGCACAAGUAUAUUUUGAUAAGCUGACCGAUGAGCGAUUAGGAAAACUUUUUAGAAGUAGCGGCAUUACCAAAAUAACAUCCCCCACUUAUUCGGACACUUAUGCAUUCCAGAUUUCAGAGGAAGAUUAUAAUACUAAAUCAUCCAUUUUCAAUACAUUUCUAACCGAUCUGCAUCGUGCUAGUAUGGAUUUUGCUAAAGAGCUAAAAGACAAACAACCUACGCUACCGCUUGGAAAGUUGGGAAAGGCUCAGUCCAAAACAGAGGAUAGUCAGCUGUCGACGCUUUUUGAUGAUAAAAAAAUAUUUUCUUGCAAAAAGGAAGAUCUUGGACAAGCGAUUGUCCGACUAGCAACUCAUUUGAAUCAGUGGAAAAGCGAUCGUGCUUUGGAACAAGAAGGGUUUAUUGGAGCACUUUAUGGUCAUCUGCUUGAUACUAUUCGAAAUUGCGAACGUAUUAUUCUUUUUCAAAUGCAAGAAAAACGGGAUAUUAUGAAUAAUUUCAAACGAGAAGCGCGAUUAGUUGGCCAUGAAUUAGCUCUUGAUACCUAUGCUGAGCUUGCUAGUAUGUCAGUUGAGCUGAACGAAUUGCGAAAAAAUCGUAAAAUUGAUGAACGAAAAAUACGCAAUCGAAUUAUUCACGAAUAUGAUAGUCUUGUUGAGGAUUUGGUCAAGGAAAUUGGUGUUUUACGGCAUAGAUUUCACGAAUACCAAAUUGGAAGUCUCAACGAUGUCAUGAACAUCAUGGCCGAAGCCAAAAAGGAGCAACUGAUGAUCACUACUCAAAAUGACGAUUUGCCGCCAACUUUAAGGGCUACUGCUGACUCAAUGAUUCAGCAUGAACAGCAACUUGCUACUUUUCGAGAGCAAAACCACGAACUCAAAAUGACGGUUUUGAAACUACGAUCCAUUUUUGGCAUGAAGGAGCAGGCACUAAAAUGCACUUUUGAGAAACAGCAAUUCAAAUUAGCCACUGCCAAUAAAGAGGCAGAAGAAAAGCUAUGGGACAACUAUCGUGAUGCAGAGGCUCGAGAAAGAGCUCUUCGCAAACAGUUGGGAAAACUGCAAAAAGGAAAAUCAACUAUUGAAACCCAAAAUGAAAAUCUACAACGACAGUUGCGUGAAGAGCAAACCAAACCUAGAGGGACACAAUCUUUAAAGGCGGGUACUGGCUCAGUUUCCCAAAUGGCGGAUCGUACUUCUUUAAAGUCUGCCAAAGGUGACAAGGCUCGAGCAGAAAGCAAGUCUCAGAAGCUUACAGAGUUGGAAGAUCAACUUCGUCGAUAUGAGGGAAUCAAUAUUGAUAAUUUAAUGCAAGAACUAUCCAACAAGACUGCAUUAUUGGAGUCCUUGAUUCAGGAAAAACGUGAUAGAGAGAAAAAAACUCCUCUAUUAGUCAAGGACGGCAUUUUUCGAUCAAGCAAAUCUGGAAUUAGUACUUGUUUACGCAGUAAAAAUGUGGUUUCAAGACAGUCUGACAUGAUAACUUCUCAACUUACAACCACUCAAAAAAAUCUCUUGGGUGGGGAAUUUUCCAGCAAAAAAUCCAUCAAUGCUGCUGUGGCAGCUGAGCCCAUAUCAUCAAACGAUGUAAUGAGUGCAGAUGUUCAUUUUCAAAUGGUUGGGAACCUCCAAUGGCUUAUGCGUGAAAACAAAGCUUUGCGUCGAAAGUUGUUUCUAAAUGGAAUUUCUCUACCAGACGAAUGCAAGACAAUUUCGAGCGUGACUUCAGGAUACACAACUCCGUAUUUUGAAUCUGAACUUUCAACUUGUGUUAUGAAUAGUCGAGUAGCAUCUCCCGAACGCCCAAGAACCGCCAUUUCCCAUGGCUUCGCUGAUCGUCGAUCAGCAGGAAUUUUACGUCAUGUAUCUGCAUCAAGAGCUACUUCAGCCAACCAACCCUCAAAGUUGGUAAAAAGGCCCGUUAUUGAUCGUGCUCAAGCAGACCUUCCGCCUUUGGAGAAAUCGCCAAUUUAUCAACGUCUUGGAAGCGGAAAACAAGUAGGCUUUGUAAGAACAUCCACUACACCGGAAAGUUCAAGACAGCUCCCUGAGCAGCAUAGUGCACGUCCACAAACAGCUCCACUUGGCCGCAAUGUUAGCUUUAACGAAUAA